AUGGGCGGAGUCAUAACUAAGGACUCAAAUCUCAAAGAAAAUGCGUAUUUGAAGAAGCUGAGCGGUGUGCAAACCUUUGAUGACAACGAUCCAUUUUGGAACAAACUUUUGAGCUUUAAUUUGAAAUUUGAGAAUGAUGAGUGAGUUAUUUUCAAAAGAAAAUCUUCAAAAAAGCGUUUUUAAUUUAGAGAAAUCAAUCUGGAACCAUUUUUGGACGAACACUUGCAAAAUUUGAUGUAUAACACCCAAAAAACCGGCAAUUUUUCCGCAUUCAUCAGAUUAUUCCUAAGAAGAAGCACAGAACUGCGAGAAUCAGAGCAAUGUGAGAAUAAGAUCUAUCUCUGGCAGACUUCCAACGCAUUGCUCAUCUUAAGAUAUAUCGCGAAAUUCUUGACGCAAAGGAUGACAGAAUCGGAAUUUGUGCGGAUUUUUUCAAAGGAUUCUGGAGUUCAGGAGGAUUCUGAUGAUUCAGAAAGCUCGCAGGGUUCUUCAGAAGCUCCAGAAGAAGAAUUAUAUCAAAAUACAGCUGAGGAAUUUGUCUCAGAGCUAAUUUCAAUAUUAAAUAACCUGCCAGUCACUGAAAACACGCUGGCAAUCCACGUGGAAUCGGUGAGAUGUAUUAUAACUCUUUUGAGCUCUCAAAUAUAUAAUAGCUCAAUUGUCAACACUUCAAUCAUUUUUCGAUUUUUUAUUGAUGGAUUUUGCGCCAAAAAUGCGGCGGCGCUGACAAAAACAUUGCUUUCUAAUUAUUUAUCGCAUAAUUCGGGUUAUAGUAUGGUUUUGGCGAAAGGACAGGAGAGUUUGGUGCUGGGAUUUGCUAGUGAGUUGUUUUUGGGGCGGAAAAUGAGCCUAAAAACUGAAAAUUUGAUGGAAAUCCUGGUUUUUCAGCCAAAAAUGGUGAUUUUCACUGAAAAAUGAGCCUAGAAACUCCAAAUUUAGUGAAAAUCCUGAAUUUCAAGGGAAAUUCGCCGAAUUUUGGUUGAAAAUGAGCUUAGAAUCAUGUUUUAUGACCUAGAGACUCAAAAAUUCAUGAAAAUUGUCAAAAGUGAGCCCAGAAGGUUGAUUUUGACCCCAGAAGUCCAGAAUUUCAUGAAACUCCAACUUUAUCAGCUAUAAAUCCGGGUUUUCAAUCAAAAUUUAAGCCUUGAGCUCAAAAAUCCCGAUUUUCCUCACAUUUUCAGCCAAAAUUUCGAAAUCUAAACCAUUUUCUGAAUACUAGACAUCUAGAAAUGACCAAAAUUUCAAAAAAAUUGAAAACAAAAUUGAUUUUCUAGGCUAUCUCGUUUUUCACGUUCCAAGAGAAGUACAAAAUGUUUUUUAACUGAAAAAUUCAAGUUUUCAUGUUAAAAAUCACAAAAACCUUCAAAUUUUCACUAAAAAUCCCCAUUUUUCACCAUUUUCCUCCCGAAAUCCUCAAAUUUUCUGCAGGUUCCGUAUGGUCAAUGGUUCAAAUGGCGGCGGGUCUCGAAACGACCGAGGAAUCCACCGAAAAACCGCCAAUCACCCUGGGUAAUCUCAGCGUUUUGCUGCUAUUGAAUCUGGCUUGUCAUCAACCACUAAAUGCAACAAAUCCAUUCAAAGAAACGUUGGCACUGUUCCAAAAUGCGCAAGGUACGAUGGAUUUGGGCUGAAAAUUCAUGAUUUUUGGAGCAUUUUUGAGUGAAAAUGACUGAAAUUCUUGAAUUUUGAGCAUUUUUGACUUGGAAAACAUAAUUUUUAACCAAAAAUGUAUAAUUUUGAACCUGAAAACGCUGAAAAUGAAAAUUCUACCUAAAUUUUACUGAAAUUUUUGAAUUUUGAGCAUUUUUGGCUGGAAAUCAUGAUUUUUGGAGCAUUUUGAGCCUAAGAAUGACACCAAAAAACCGUGCCGCAAAAUUGCGAAAAGUGGGCGGAGCCUAGGAUUUUUGGGGCUCAAAAUAAUGUUCUUAAUCUGAGCAAUCCCUCAUUUAGUAUCAAAUCAAAGCUCUUAACAUGAGCAAUCUUAAAAUAUAUGUAUUAUAGUAUAUUUUAAGAUUGCUCAUGUUAAGAGCUCAAAAUAAUGCUCUUAAUAUGAGCAAUAUCUUGUUUAGAUUCAAAAGAACCGUCCUAACAUGAGCAAUCCCAUUUUUACACUCAACUUGAAGCUCUUAACAUGAGCAAUGUCUUGUUUAGUAUCAAAUUGAUGCUCUUAACAUGAGAAAUCCCAUAUUUAGGCUCAAAAAAUCCCAUCUAACAUGAGCAAUCCGAAUUUUCCAGAAGUCUCAACGCUUCCAACCCAAAUCACCUCCUUCAAAAUCGACUUCAAUGGUCUCUAUGAUCGACUUUGUGCAACAGCAAAUCAAGAAUCCUCAAUGCUCUUAUUAUACAUGCUUUUACACGGCAAUUCAGGAUUUCGGAAUUAUGUUUUAUCGCGAAUUAAUCUGGAGAAUUUGGUUGUUCCGGUGUUGAGAAUACUUCACGAUGGAACUCGCGAUAAAACCAACAAUUCACACGUUUAUUUGGCACUGAUUGUUUGUUUGAUUUUGAGCGAGGAUGAGAUUUUUUGCAAAAUUAUUCAUGAAACGGUGAGAUUUUUGGGGGAAAUUUGGGGUUUUUUGAGCCAAAAUCCAUGAAUUUCGGCUGAAAAUGAGCUAUUUUUGAUCAAAAAUUGAUAAAAUUCAGGUUUCUGAGCCAAAAACGAUGAAAAAUCUUAAAUUUCUGAUGAUUUUUUGAAAAUUCUGAAUUAAACUCACAGAAAAACGUAUUGCUCAGAUUAAGAGCUCUAAUUUGAUAUAAAAUAAGGCAUUGCUCAGAUUAGUGGUCAUUUUGAGCUCAAAUAAAGCAUUGCUCAUGUUAAGAGCUCUAAUUUGAUAUGAAAUAAGGCAUUGCUCAUGUUAAGAGCUCUAAUUUGAUAUAAAAUAAGGCAUUGCUCAGGUUAUGAGCUCUAAUUUGAUAUGAAAUAAGGCAUUGCUCAUGUUAAGAGCUCUAAUUUGAUAUAAAAUAAGGCAUUGCUCAUGUUAAGAGCUUUAAUUUAAACCAAUAUUCGUCGCAUUGCUCAUAUUAACUUAAAAAUCUGAAAAUCCACAUUAUAAUUAUUGAAAAAUGCAAUUUCCAGCGAAAAAUCUGAAAAUCCAGACUGAAAAUUGCUUAAAAAUCUGAAAAUUCAACGAAAAUAUAUGAAAAUUGGUCAAAAAUGCUCAUUUUUCAUCAAUUUUCACCCGGAAAAUCACAAAAAAUCCCCAAAUUUUGGCUCAUUUCCAGAUAAUCCACAAUCCCUCCUGGUUAGAUGUCGAUUUCAGUGUCCGCGAAAUCUCGCUGGGUGGUCUGACCGCUCUGGUUUUCAUCCGAGUCAUCCAAAAAAAUGCCCUCAAAACCAAAGAUCGCUAUUUGCACACAAAUUGUUUGGCUUCACUAGCUAAUAUGAGCUCGAGCUUCAAAAAUUUGGCUCCGAUUGUUUGUCAGAAGUUGAUUAGCUUGUUGGAUGUGAGUUGGAGUACUGUAGCCUACAGUAACCGUAGCGCUCAAAAUUCCCUUCAAAAUGAGACCAAACUUGGGGUACUGUAGCCUACAGUAACCGCUUAGAAAAUUGAUUUCUAAAAAAAAGUUCCAAAAAUUUUUGUGGAUCAAAUUUUGUUCAGCCAAAAUUCUGGGUACUGUAGCCGCCUUGCUUCUUACUGUAGCGGGGUACUGUAGCCCUCAAAAUUCCCUUCAAAAUAAGACCAAACUUGGGGUACUGUAGCUUCCUUGCUUCUUACUGUAGGUGGGUACUGUAGCCUUCGAAAUUCCCUUCAAAAUGAGGUACUGUAGCCUACAGUAACCCUAGAUAAAAAACAUUUUAAAAAAAAUCCAAAUCACAUUUUCUGGGGGUACUGUAGUUGCUCUACAGUAACCCAUAAUAGUGUUCAACAAUAUACCUACAGUAAUCCUCUACAGUACCUCAAAAUCUACAGUAAUCCACUGAUUUUCACAAAAUUCUAGAACUCAUUUUUCUAAAGGGUUACUGUAGGGCCUACAGUACCCGUGUUUGGACUCAUUUUGAAGAGGAUUUCAAGAGAGCUACAGUACCCCCAAAUAUUUUGGCACUUUUUUUCAAACCCUCUAAAACUCUCAGGUUACUGUAGGGUCUACAGUAGUCGUGUUUGGACUCGUUUUGAAGCGAAUUUCUUCUAUAUUUUCCAGAUUCUCACAAAACGCCACGCAAAAUUGGUGGAACAAAUGAAGGAGGUCAGUAAAUCUGAAGAAGGCGGUGGAUUUUCAGCGAAUUUGGUGAGUUUUUGGCUGAAAAUGUGGGAUUCUGGGAUAAAAAUCUGAAAAUUAAACAAAAAACUGAUGAAAAUUCGAGAUUUUUGGCCAGAAAAACAAAAAAAAACCUGAAAAUUUCACGAUUUCAGCUCAAAAAAGUCAGAAAAGCUUGAAUUUUGGCUCAAAAAUCCCCAUUUCUCAAAUUUUCAGCCAAAAAAAUCAAUAAUUAAAUUUUCCAGCACGAAUUUCGACAAAAAACUGAUAAAAAUCUGAAAUUUCAGCUUUCUCAAAGUUUUUUUUUCAAAUUUCAUGAAUAGAAUUUUCAGCAAGAAAAACAACAUUUUUUCAAUAUUUCAGUAAAAAAAUCUGAGAAUUUCACGAUUUCAGCUCAAAAAAGUCCAAAAAUGCUGAAUUUUGUCUCAAAAUUCCCCGAUUUUCUCAAAUUUUCAGCCAAAAAUCCCCGAUUUUCAGCACGACGACAUAACAGCUCUUGAAGAAGGCAUUCGAACCCUUCUCGAAAUCAUAAAUUCAACAAUUUGCGGUGGACUUCGCCACAAUUCCCAUCUAAUUUAUAAUAUUCUAUAUCAUCGUCAAUUAUUUGAUCAAUUCUCCAAACAUCCAAUGUUUCAAGAUCUUCUAAUCAAUAUUUCGGCAGUCAUUGCUCAUUUUAGUGCAAAAAUGAUUGAUGUGAAACAAGGUGAUGGAAUUGGAAUGUUGGAAAUUAUUGAGAAAGAGGCCAAUGUUUGGAAUACCGAAAAAUUGGCCAAAUUUCCCGAAUUGAAGUUUAGGUAGGGCAUUUUGGGGUUUGAAAGUGGAAAAUUUGGGUUUGGAGUGAAAAAUUGACCUAAAAUUGACGAAAAUCAUGAAAUUUUCGAAUUUUGUGAUCAUUUUAAGCCUAAAAACCAUGCAUUGCUCAUGUUAGAAAAAUUUUCCAUAAAAAAUGACCUAGAAUCAAAUAUUUCAUAAAAUUAUGACCCUAAAUUAUAAAAAUAAUGAAAAAAUGAAUUUUCUAUCGAAAAUUUUGACCUUAACUUGAUUAUUUUGCCAAAUUUUGAUCCUAAAAUUGAAAAUUUCGAAAUUUUCAACCUAAAAUUGAUAAAACAUAGUAUUGCUCAUAUUAAUCGCUUCCUUUAAGCCUAAAUUAAGCAUUGCUCAUGUUAAGAUCCUAAAUAAUUGAUUGCUCAGGUUAAGAGCUUUAAUUUGAUACCAAACAUAGCAUUGCUCAUAUUAACCGCUUCCUUUAAGCCUAAAUUAAGCAUUGCUCAUGUUAAGAUCCUAAAUAAUUGAUUGCUCAGGUUAAGAGCUUUAAUUUGAUACCAAACAUAGCAUUGCUCAUAUUAACCACUUCAUUUUAAGCCUAAAUUCGGUGCAUUGCCCAUUUUAAAAAGUGGGGGCGGAGCCUAGGCUUGUUGGGUCUCAAAAUGAUCCAAAAAAUCGUGCGGCAAAAUUGCAAUUCCCCAUUUUUUGCAGAUAUGUGGAAGACGAGAAUACGGUCGACUUUUUUGUGCCUUAUAUUUGGCGAAUUUCCGCGAAAAACUCGGGAAUCAAUUUCGACGCGUCACGAAUCAAAUUAUUCCAGGAAAAUUAA